AUGGCGACCGACGUAUCAACCAAUUUAAACGACAACCUGUUAAAAGAGAAAAUCUUUAACUGCAAGAUUUGCGAUGAGCUCUGCAUUUCCGAUAUAUUUUUAAUAAUCGGUAAAGGGAACGUGUGUUCGAAAUGCUAUGAAGAGUGCGAAGAUAAAUCGAGAGCAGAGUUAAAUUCCGCUCUUAUUUUUGUCAUGUCGCAGCUUAUUUUGCUGUGCAAGUACGAAUUUAAGGGCUGCAUUAAAAAACUGACAUGUAAAAAUUAUGAAAGGCACAUCAAUGUUUGUGAAUACAAAGUGAAACCUUGUCCGAUGCUGAUGUAUGAAGAUUGCAAAUGGAAUGGAAAUAAUUUAGAAAUAUCCGAACAUAUUUCAACAGAACACACAGAGCAUGUGAUAAAAAGUGAAAAUAACAUUUUUAAAGUUGAGACUUCCUUAUCUGAAACAUACAACAUAAAAUUAUUGAUUGAUGACUACAAAAGCUGUCUUCUAAGAACUUCAAUUGUCGAUAAUAAGUUUUACUAUGCUAUGAAUCCCAUCUUUCAAUGUGAAGAAACUGUUGAGUAUUCAGUAAAACACAAAAGUAAAGAAACACAGAACAGUUCAACAACUGUAGGCACCCUUACCAAGUUAAAUAGUAUUUAUGGUAAAUCAAACCUGCAUAAAAAUCCCAAUGCCACCAUUGUAGAUAUGGAGUUAUUGAAACAUUUUGCAGAUGAAAACAAUUCGAUAGAAAACGAAUUUAAUUUAAAUCCAAGUGACAUUGAUGAAAAAACAUUAAAACUACUGGAAUGUCCUGUCUGUUUUCACACAAUGAGACCACCAAUUUAUCAGUGUUCAAGUGGACACAGCAUCUGUAUUGUGUGUCGUGACAAAAUAGGGAAUCAAGAACAAAAUCAAACAUUUGGUAGCUUUGGUAUCUUUGGAGCACCAGCCUUUGGAGCACCAGCCUUUGGAGCUUGUAGUAUUAGUAGAUUAAAAAAAUGUCCCACAUGCCAAGCAGAAUGGACUAAAACAAGAAAUUAUUUAAUAGAAGGAUUAACCAAUAAUUUAAAAUAUCCAUGCCAAUUUAAAAAAUUAGGAUGCAAAGUAUUUGGCACUGAACCUCAAGUAAGCAAGCACGAAGAAUCUUGUCCAUUUCAUAUCUACAAAUGUCCAAUGUCAUGCCCUGAAUCUGGUAACUUUGAAUUCCUAUUGAAACAUUUAAAUAAUAAACAUAAGGAUAUGCAACUUACAACUAAAUUAUCAUUUAGAUUUCAAGAAUCAUCAACCAGGAAAUGGACUCUGUAUGAUUCAAAAUUAUUUAUAAUCACAUAUUAUUGUACUCACAGUGAUUAUAUGAAUUGGGUUGCUGAAUUAUAUUGCUCCAAUGAAAAUCCUAGUUCUUAUAUCUAUACAGUGGAAGUUUUAAAGAGUGGAAGUGAAUGGUCAUUAAUAAAAAAUGCUGAAUGUUUAAAAAAAGCCAAUUUGCAGGAAAGAAAUGAUAAAAUGUCUUUAGAGUGCAAAUAUGCAACAUUUAACAUUACUAUAAAAAAAAACGUGCCUCAAUAA